UGGGAUCACCAAAGUUAUUAGAAAUCACAGUCUGGGCUAGUGAUGGCCAAAUGAAGCUUUUUGAACCGUUGUCUUUAUUUUCUGAGCCAACUAGAUGGCGCUCUCUGUUCAACAAUUGGUUGAGAAUGUAAGAAUUCUAUCUUUUAAACCAAGAGCGCCAUCUAGUGGGCUAAAAGACAAUGGUUUACAAAGCUUCAUUUGGCCAUCACUAGUUUGAAUGCAUGUCAUGGCAAUUUAUCUUAAGGUUUUUAUUGAUAUUUCAGUCUUAAACAAAAUGGAGGAACAACCAACAAUGCAAUCUCUAGGCAACAUUGGCAUCUCACCUUGCCUAACUGUUCUGAACGGCUUCCCAUUUGCUGUGUUUUUGUUUUUGUUUGUUUAUUAAUUCAGACAGUGGAGAAUGGUCCUAACCAUUGGAGAUCCAAAAAGGUUUGCUGCUGCCCUCUGUGGUUUCUUGUCCUGUCCAUUAUUGUGGUACCAAUCAUCAUCCUGAUAUUGGUGUUGACUGUUGGCCUUCCCAAGCCUGAGGUGAAACCAGGCGGGGCGGUGAAUGCAACAAUCAGCCAUGUGGAUGUGCUGGAUGGCCUGGUUAUCGCUGCCUUUGGAGUCCCCACAGCAAGCGCAUUGAGGUUUGUGUUUCUGAUUGUUAAGAACCUUAUCUUCAACCAGGAUAAGAACAUAAAGAAGGGGAUGGACAACGAGCGGGUCAGCAGCCAUCUGGGCUUCAUGAACGAAGUGAGGAAGGAAAUGUGGUUUCUGUCUCGAUUCAUCCAGUUUAUGGAGGUGUUUGAGAGGAGGAGGAUCCGGGUGGUACUGCAGAUCACCAAUCUGGACCGUUGCUCUCCCCAAAAAAUUGUCACAGUUCUGGAUGCCAUCAACAUUCUGCUUUCAGAUGAGGAAUGUCCAUAUAUUUCUAUUCUGGCUGUCAACCCAGAUGUUCUUGUGGAGAAAGUGAACUUUGCAGAUGGCUGCUUUAGCAAAGAGGACAGAGCUUAUGCACUGUUGAACCGCAUCGUGACUCUGGCCUUCACGGUUCCACCGCUGUGCGACGAUUCAAAACGCAGUUUAUUUCACAGCCUCAAUAGUAAUUCCAAAAACCCUGAGGACAUAAGCAUGAGCAAAAAUAGACGUAGAACUGGGGGUCUCGAAAAGACAUCUUCCUCAGACUUGUUUUCACUGGAGAUUGCAUUUGAAACAAAAGACUCAUAUCCACUGAUAGAUAAAACUGCAACAGACCUGGAAGAAAAAGAGGAGGAAGUAGAAAUGUUGGUCCAGAGCAUCUUGAGCAGUAAUGAAAGGAAUCUAAACAAGUACAUGUUUGAGGAUGCCAUGUCUAUGAGGAGGGCGAUCAACUCCAUUCGGGUGACUGUGAUAAUCAUGAAGACUUUAAAGAAAGAGUUUCCACAACCAGAAUACAUCGGCGCAUGGGUGGUCUUGGCCAAUCAGUGGCCUUGCCGCCUCAGCUGGAUCCUCCAGUGUGUGGAAGACGCUCAGCAGAGGGCAGAUAUUGAUCGCAACAAUUCGGCAAACACUGAUGAUUCUAAGACCUUGUGGACAGUGUUCAACGAGUCCAGGGCAGAGCUGUAUGUGAUGAGCGCACAGAUUGAAGACCUCCUCGAGCAGGAUGGAGAUCCUGAGAUGUUUGAAAAAUUCCUCACGGUAGAUUUCCAAUUCACUGUGAAGGACUUGAAGACAUUUGAAGAGGUGACGGUGAACCUUGAUCAUUCAAUCAGGAAGGAGCUGGCUCACAUCAGAGGGACAUCUAGGCUCAAGGAUUCUGGUUGGAUGAGGAACCUAGCUCCUCUGCCAAUCACAACUAUCAUCAAAAUGAAGAAAGAGGAUGUAUGUGAAGAGUUGGAGAGGAUGGAAUACCCCCGUAAGUACAUUGAUACUGUGAAAAGCCAAAACCUCAACGGUGCGGCGCUGGUCUUUGGGGAUGCAGAUGAUCUUAAAAACCUGCUAGAUAUGACCUUUGGUGAAUGGGCAACUUUCAGACUCCACUUCCUGGGUUUACCGUCCCAUCUCCGACCACAACACAAGAACACGGCACUGACCCAUUUUCACCCUCAGAACAAGCUGUCUGCAGUUCCCUUCCAUGCAUCUAAUCAGUACUUGUCUAAUCCCAGUCUGACUAACAGCUAAAUCCAAUCCAUUUCCAGUGAUGUCCCUAAAAUUAUGAUCUGCAUUUGUAACAUUUAUUAACAAUCUUUACAGUAACAAUACCAAGUUUGGGAGUUUAUUUAAAAAUGAAGUAAUUACAUUUACUUUGUUUAGCUGUAGGAGCUUGUGAAAAAUUCUGCCAAGAAAAAUAUCUUCUGUAACUAUGUCAAAUACCUGUUACUUUUACUUAAAGGGACCAAGCCUAACAAUGAUAGGCGCAGUUAAACACACAUGUCCUUUAACAAUAAUAAUAAUAAUUAUUGUGCACAUUUUUGUUUUCUAUGGAUCACAUUUACCUACAAUGAAAAGGUCUUUUUCACAGUAGACGUUAUGAAGUGUCACACUAGGAAAAGCACAUUUAUGAUUAGCUCGCUCAGUUUCAGGGUCCUUUGUCGUGCAUGUUGGCUCACUGUCACACUGUAAUGGCUUCACUGUGACACUUGGAGAAAAAUAAAAUAAAUUAAAAAGAUGGCUCGGUUUUAUUUUAUAUUUUGUUAAUGUCACUAACAAUAACAACUGUGCUUUUGUUGCUAAGUCAAAACGCCUGCUGUGAAAAGAUCUAUUAUGAGACACACUGUUGUUGUGACAAACAGAAAAGGAUCAGGUUUCAGAAAGCUGUGGAACAUGUUAUCUAAAGACAACACUGACAAUAUUAUUUUAAGUUAUAGAAAAAUAUAUCAUUACAGAUUACAUUGGUUUGUUGUUGGAAAAUAAUUACCUUAACCUGUUAAAAGCCUCUAUUUUCAAUCUGUCUUCCCUUGCCACACUAUCACACUAAAGUGUGACAUGCACAUUAGCAUAUGGUGUUUCAUCAGCCUUUAGUUUGCUUAAGGUUAAGAGGAGGAUCCAUAUAAAAAAAUGCAACUUGAUUUUAGCAUUUGUACUGUGGCUUUAUCCUGGAAUCAGUGGAUGUUUAUAAUGAGGUGUGUGUCUGUGCCAUAUAUCAUAAAUGCAUGCUAGUUGGCAAGUUUGGUACGAUAACUCUUUAAGUAAGUCAAAGAAUAUUAACGUUUGGGUUGUGGAAAUUUCUUUUAUGCAGACGUAGUAAGAUUACAUUUAUUUCAGAAACUGAAUGUAAGGUAUUUUUGGUAUUUCAUCAAUUAAAAUUCCUUUUCUGGGAAUACUUGAUCCUGACAAAAAUAAGCACUUAUGCAUACUGUAUAUGUGCUGCAGUAAACUGUAAUUCCCUAUUACAUGCAAAACAACUGUAAAGUCUGACAAAUAAAAUGCAUAUGCAAGGGUCCCAUAAUAAAAAUGCCCAUCCAAGCAGA